UCUACCCCCAAAAUCACAGCUCAUCUCCAGAUUAAUAGAUAAUAGUUUCUAUGCAACAUCAGUGACCUUUUACUGAUAACACCUUGAUCCCUAAUCUAACGCAAAAAAACCAGACCUGAGCAUAACAGACUUCUUGGAUGCUCUGUUUCUACAAUUGGCUGCACAGUCAGCCAUAUUAUGUUAAUUAACUGCAUUAAAACGCACCAAGAGGCACCAUCACAGUCAGGAGUAGACGGCUAACAUGGAGAAGAAAUUUCUUCAUUCAUAUAAAUUCUGGCAGCAAACCGAGAAACCCAGAAUCUGAAAACCAGAUUUGUUUGUAAAAAGUUUGUCUCCAUUUCUCUUGGUUAUCCAGUAUGAGAUAUUCACACAGCUCUAUUUUACUUGACGCUCCGCUUUUAAACACUGAAAAUUUACCACAGUCUCAAUUUGAAUGUGCCUGCUCUUGUUUUGCUCUCUCUAAACCAAUUAGCCCCUACACCCUGUUCUUUAAUGACCCUUCACCAUUAAAACAUGGAUUGGAGAUCUUUGCACGGCACAUUUUACGGCUCAAAACAGUUCAGGUGAGGCUGGAGGUGAAAGUAAUGAAAGGUAUAGGACAGAAAGCCUCACGGGUCCCCUGAGGAUUAAGUGAAAAGGUUGCUACACCCAAAGGACCCUUUCUGAUUGAAACUAGUUUGAAUUUUUUAUCACAGUAAAUAGCUAAACAGCUUCAAGUUCAGUCAGUAACAACAAGAACACAGACACCAAAACAACAUGGACUCCAUGGUAACACCUGGGUAGUGCUGUCACCAUCGCCUGAUGAUUUUUGAACAGGAUUCUCCGAACACAGUGUUUGCAGUGUUUACCUGGAUAUUUCAUUUCUAAACACCAACCUGAACCUACAAGCAUCUCUCGCUAUUUGCUGUGACUCGACGAACGCUUUGGAAAAAUAUCGACAGCUAAACAAGUGUAACAGCGACUCUUCAGUGUUUCCUGAGCCCAAAUGGACCCAACAUUUGUCUCAGAAAAUCUGGCAUCUUGGCCAGUGCAGACUAGCGCUGCUGAUAUGAAACAGCAGCAGGAAGCUAACAAGAUUGCUGAAAGUGAAACGGUGCAAGAAUUAAAAGAUGCACUCCAUUUUGCCACUCAGGAGUUGAAGACUGCAAAGGAGGAAAAUGCAUCUUUGAAGGAGAAGAUUGGCGUCCUUGAAGAUGCUCACAAAAUGGAAGUGAGUAGCCUCCAAGAAGAGCUCAAACUCAAGGAUGAGGCGCUUCAAAGAUGUGUGAAGAAAAGAAGAGCUCGAACCAAAGCCUGGGUAGAACUCCUCCAUGAAUCGACCAUAAAAGACAUGGAGAUAAACACCAGGGAACAACACUGGAGCAGCAAGUGGCAAUCAACCGAGAAGAGCCUGAAAGAGGAGAAGAAGAAAGUGGAGGAGCUCCAAAUUAAGAACAAGCUUCUGAUGGAGAACUUACAGGAAAAUCUGGACGAAUGGAAGAACGUCCUUCAGGAGCUUGCACCCGAUGCUGAGGAAGAAACCCUGGAAACAAAUUCCCAAGAGGAAAAGCUGGAAAACCACGAGGGAGAAGAGAAGGGAAUGGACAAACCAAGAAAGGACAAGAAAAAGCAGGAAGAAAAGGAGGAAAAGCAGGAGACAAAAGAGGACAUCGAAGAAAACCUUGAGAGAAAAAGUGACGAGAAGAUGGAGGAGAAAACAGCAACUGAAGAUCUAAACCCAAACCUCUGCCUGGUUCCCAUCCCUCUCACUCCCUUCGACUCUUGCCCUUUACCCCAACUCAACCCCUCUACCUCCUCCCUACCUUACCCACCCUCUCGUGCCCUUUCCUACUCUUCACCCAGCUCUUAUUCUUUACGCAAAACCCUCAGUCUCCACACCUUCCCCCAAUCCUCCUCCCAACCUUACUCGGUCUCUCGUGCUCCCUCCUACUAUUUACCCUUGUUUUCCAAACCUGUGCAGCUUUUUUGUUCAUUUUAAAAUAAACAUGUUAAAUUUCAUUAAACUUACAGUCUUUGU